GUGAACCAGUUUAAAGGUGAUGAGCCUCAUUUAUCCAACACUGGGUUUUAUUAUCGGUAGAUGAAAUACAAAAGAGAAUGCAAAGUAAACGUGACGAAGACGCGUAGCAAAGCGGAUGCCGCGAAAUGUUAAAGACAAAAACUUGCUUAUUGGUUUAUUUUUAACAUCAGCCGUCAUCGUCGUCGCUGCGCUUGGCUCCAUUUGCGUUUGCUGCUGUGCCGUGUGUGUUGUUAAUUAAAUUUAUUUCAACAUUUUAUUGCGUAUUUUACUUCGAUUUAGCUUUCAUUACAUUUCCCCCCUUUUUUUUGUUUGGUUUGCUACUCGUUCUUGUUUUACUGCAGUGCAGUAAUUUUUUGAGAAAAGUCUAUAUACUAUAUCUACAUAAAAUACGAGCGAACAUACGCGUACAGUCAGAGUCGUCAGGUUGAUUGGUCAGUCAGUCAAACGUCUAUUAUUUGUUAUACUUUUUUUUUUUUUGGUAAAUUUCCACUACCCCUAAAAGUUCAAACCACAGAAAUAUCCAAACAUCAGGAUGGUCUUGACCAAUUUCGAGUGCUGGGCACAUGGCGAUUCGGGCGCCAAUUUCGAAAUGGUGCCAACCACCAGAAUGACGGAUCCGUUCAAUCCACGUGCUGUGGCGUCUGCCUCCAAUGGCUACUAUGGCUAUGCGUUUGUCAAUGAUGCCAAUAAUAAUAACAACAACAACAAUAACAACAACGAUAAUAUUACCAGCAACAACAAUGCAAUGGAGCAAUGUAUGGCAGAAGCUGUAACUCCUCCAGUUACAACAGUUAAUCGAUGUAAAAAACGUUGCGGCGGCAGCGAUGCUGACGCCGAUACCACCGCCGCCUCCAUGGACAUGGAUAACUAUAUCUCUGCCAUCAAGCGUUGCCGCUAUGAUACUGAUGCCGAUCUGGCAGCUCAAUAUUGCAACGAUUUCUUUUCACUACCUGCCACACAAAUAAUCGGAACGCAGGCUUGUCUAAUGGACUAUGAUAUGGAUCAACAGCAGCAGCAGCAGCAGCAGCAUCAGCAGCUUCAGCAGCAUCAGCUCCAGCCACCACGGAGUAUACAUCAGCAUUAUCAAGACACAGACCCCACAGACGAACAUUCAACCGAUCCAAAGCCCCUAAAGAAUAGCCAAAAUAUUGAUUCUGAUGAGGCGGAUUUAUAUAUAGCCACGCAUGGCGGUUGUUUGCAUCACUUCGAUAUGCUAAGCGGGGAGCAUGAAGAGUUUGAUAUCUAGAUUACUAACUACAAACCAAAACUAACAAUUUUUUUUGGGUUGUCUAUAUAUAUAUAGUAAGCACCUACAUAUAUAUACAUAUAUAUUGUUUUCGUAAUAAACGUAAUCCUUGCAUUGUAACUAAAUCCUAACCUAAGUAUUAAUGUGUAAGCAAUCAUAUCAAUUAAAAGAGAAAACAAAAUAAAAAAAUCGGUGCUUAGUUUUAGUUUAAUGAAAUGUAAUAAAUAGCUUUGAAAAAUAAACUUUUUUUUUUGUAGAAUCGUUAAGAAAAACGUUUGUAGAAUAUUAA